CCCCCCCCCCCAGCCCUCCCAGGCGUCUGUGCAGCGGCUGGACAGGAAUCCCCUGCUGUGGAGAGAAGAGGAACCUGCUUUACACCCACUAUGUGGGGGAUCAGAACCAAAUCUAGGGAGUGUAUCUCGGUGCAUAUCGGACAGGCCGGCGUGCAGAUUGGCAAUUCCUGCUGGGAACUGUUCUGCCUGGAGCACGGCAUCUUGCCGGACGGCACCUUGUCGGAUAAGGCGAAUCUGGGCAGCUCCGAUGAUUCCUACACCACAUUCUUCAAGGAGACUGGCAAUGGGAAACACGUGCCGCACGCCAUCAUGGUGGAUCUGGAGCCGUCGGUAGUAGAUGAGGUCCGCGCUGGAGCCUAUCGCAGCCUCUUCCACCCAGAGCAGCUGAUCACCGGGAAGGAGGACGCAGCCAACAACUAUGCCCGUGGCCAUUACACCAUCGGCAAAGAGAUCAUUGACCUGGUGCAGGAUCGCAUCCGGAAACUGGCCGAUUCCUGCUCUGGCCUGCAGGGAUUCCUCAUCUUCCAUAGCUUUGGAGGUGGCACAGGCUCCGGCUUCACCUCGCUACUCAUGGAGCGCCUCUCUGUGGACUACGGGAAGAAAUCCAAGCUGGAAUUUGCCAUAUAUCCGGCACCCCAGAUCUCCACCGCAGUGGUGGAGCCGUACAACUCCAUCUUGACCACGCACACCACGCUGGAGCACACGGACUGUGCCUUCAUGGUUGACAAUGAGGCCAUUUACGACAUCUGCAGACGCAACCUGGAUAUUGAGCGACCUUGUUACGUUGAUCUUAACCGGCUCAUAAGCCAAAUAGUGUCCUCCAUCACCGCUUCUUUGCGCUUUGAUGGGGCCCUCAAUGUGGACCUGACAGAGUUCCAGACAAACCUGGUCCCGUACCCACGCAUCCAUUUCCCUCUGGUCACUUACGCGCCCAUCAUUUCAUCCCACAAGGCGCACCAUGAGCAGCUGUCGGUGGCAGAGAUCACCAACUCCUGCUUCGAACCAUCCAACCAAAUGGUUAAGUGUGACCCGCGUCAUGGGAAAUACAUGGCCUGUUGUAUGCUCUACCGCGGUGACGUGGUGCCCAAAGAUGUCAACGUGGCAAUUGCCAACAUCAAAACUAAGAGAGCGAUCCAGUUUGUGGAUUGGUGUCCUACAGGAUUUAAGGUUGGCAUUAAUUACCAGCCUCCCACUGUGGUGCCCGAGGGGCACCUUGCCAAAGUGCAGCGGGCAGUGUGCAUGCUCAGUAACACCACUGCCAUCGCCGAGGCCUGGGCACGACUGGACCACAAGUUUGACCUGAUGUACGCCAAGCGUGCAUUCGUACACUGGUACGUGGGCGAAGGCAUGGAGGAAGGGGAGUUCGCAGAGGCCCGCGAGGACCUCGCUGCACUGGAGAAAGACUACGAGGAGGUCGGAAUGGAUUCGUUUGCAGAAAACGAUGAUGGCGAGGUGUAAAUUCCAUGCGACGCUCAGGUUGUCAUCCAGAUGAUUAAGUUCAUCUGCAAAUAAAACUUAUGCAAGCUA